AUGGCGGCAGGAUAUGAAACAACAUCAACUGCUUUGGCCUAUGCAACGUAUGAACUUGCUAGACAUCCAGAAGUUGUCCAGAAACUUCAGACUGAAAUCGACCAACUUCCACUGGGCAAUGGUGAUAGAUCCGACGAAGAAACAACGGAAUAUCCCGAUUAUGACGUAGUUGCGCAGAUGCCUUAUAUGGACAUGUUUGUUUCCGAAGUCUUAAGAAUGUAUCCCAUUGCAAAUGGAGCCGUUCAACGAAGUGCCUCUGAAGAUACGAUCGUCCAAGGAAUUAAAAUUGAAAAAGGUAACGAUAUAUUUUUAUGGUACGAAACACUUCGAUCUUUUUCUAAGUCAUCAGAAAAUCCAUAA